GCCGGUCGGUCCGUCCACUGGAGUGCAACCAGAUCGGACGGCCUCAAUCGUCCUCAUCAAAUCCCUGCUGAAAUAGCAAGGGCGGCGCGGGUACCAUCGGAAGAAAACCCUAGCUCAGAAGGCCAGCAGCCGGGCCCGGGCACCUGGUGCUUGCACGGAGGAGGAUUGAAGGUUCGUUAAGGCAGAGAAGAUGGUUCUCAAGACAGAGCUAUGCCGUUUCAGUGGUGCCAAGAUAUACCCGGGAAAGGGUAUCAGAUUCAUCCGUGCAGACUCUCAGGUCUUCCUUUUCGCUAACUCCAAGUGCAAGCGCUACUUCCACAAUCGCCUCAAGCCGGCCAAGCUUACAUGGACAGCCAUGUACAGGAAGCAGCACAAGAAGGAUAUCCAUGCUGAGGCUGUCAAGAAGAGGCGCCGCACCACAAAGAAGCCAUACUCCAGGUCUAUUGUCGGUGCUUCCCUUGAUGUCAUCCAGAAGAAGAGAGCAGAGAAGCCUGAGGUUCGUGAUGCCGCCAGAGAAGCAGCUCUACGUGAGAUCAAGGAACGCAUUAAGAAGACUAAGGACGAGAAGAGAGCUAAGAAGGCCGAGACGGCGAAAUCUCAGAAGACUGGCGGGAAGGCCAAUGCUCCCAAACCUGCAAAGGGCCCCAAGCUUGGCGGUGGCGGCGGGAAGCGCUAGAUGCUACCGUUGUCUCUCGUGGAUGAUCAAAUCUGAUAUAGUUAUAUACCCUAGUACUUGUCUUUGGAGGAAGUUUUUGCCAUACCUGUUCUUUUGCUGUCUAAGCUACAAGGAGUAUCAGAUGUAAUACCAUAGAGCCCGAUGCUCUCGUUGUACCGUGUUUAUCUACAGAGUUCAACACUAUAACCAUAUCAAUGUUUUAGGAUCUAUAAAAAUGUUCUUUUUUUUUUCUUAUUA